UCAACACUGGGUCAAAAUUACAAUUUCUGCGAGUACAGUAUUUUCGUUUCUGUCGCAUAAUUAAUUAUAAACAUCUAGUCCUUUUGUCCUGCCGUAUACAAAUAAUCAUCAAUUAACCUAAUAACGGACAUCCGUUGGUUUUCCUGCCGACUCAAGACAUAAAUCCAUAGUUGCCGAGAUGGUGAAGCUGACGCCGGAGCUGAUUAACCAGUCCAUGCAGUACAUAAAUCCUUGCCGCGAGAGAGAGUUGGAUUUGCGCGGCUAUAAAAUUCCACAAAUUGAGAACUUGGGUGCUACACUGGAUCAGUUUGAUACGAUCGAUUUAUCAGACAAUGAUCUACGUAAAUUGGACAAUCUGCCCCAUUUGCCGCGUCUCAAGUGCUUGCUGUUGAACAAUAACCGCAUCUUGCGCAUCAACGAAGGCCUAGGAGAGGUUGCUCCAAACCUGACCUCCAUCAUAUUAACAGGCAACAAUUUGCAAGAACUUUGUGAUUUGGAGCCGCUAACAGGAUUCAAAAAGCUGGACACCAUAUGCCUGCUAAUCAAUCCGGUUUCAACCAAACCCAACUACCGCGAAUUUAUGGCCCACAAAUUUCCACAAUUGAGGCUGUUGGACUUUCGAAAAAUCAAGCAGAAAGAUCGGCAAGAUGCCGAAGAGUUUUUCCGCACCAAGCAGGGCAAAGACAUGCUGAAGGAAGUGGCCAAACGAUCAAAACUAACGGCGGCGGCUGCUGCAUUGGCGGCCGAAGCCAACAAUGGCAAAGGUGGUGGAAAGGGAGCUACAGUAACAGCUAACCCAGAAGACUUGCAGCGUAUACGGGAGGCCAUCAAGCGAGCGAGUUCAUUGGCGGAGGUGGAAAGAUUGUCGCAAAUUUUGCAGAGCGGUCAGCUGCCGGAGAAGUUCCACCACGAACAGCAGGACCAAGAGCAGAAUGGCAAUGGUCACAAUGGUGCUGCUGCCAUGGAAUACUAGGCUGUUGUAUAGAAAUCUUUUUUAUAAUAAUAAUAAUAAUGAAAAACGAUGCAA